UUUUAUUUUUAUAUUUUAAUCAAACUCUAAACACAUUCUCUCCCGUUAAUUUAAAAUCAUCUAUUUUCCAUCAUUUAUUUUUACUAUGGAGUAUUACAUAAACAAACAAUACCAUCUAAAACUAAGAGAUUUCCUUCCAACAAAAAAAAAAAUAACUCUAAAACUAAGAGAAACAACGUGCAUAUAGUUCAUCACUUAGGCUAAAAAACUACUCCAAGUUUUAAUUACAAUAUGUCAAUAUGAAUGGAAAACAUAAGGUUCAAAGACACGACAAGUGGCAUACACAAUUUACGUAAUGUAAGUUACGCAUGUAAUCGUGUAUUUCUUACCCCUUAAUCUAGCUAUCAAUCCACGUUAGACAACUUACAUUUCUCUAUCAAAUCUUUUGGCUAUUGAAACGAACCUUAUAAUUGAAUUAAUAAAUUUCUCUAAACUCCUUAAAAACCUAUAUAAAUAUAAAAUCCAUCAAUAAUCUAGUCACAAUAUUAACCAUUUAUUUCUUAGCUAUAAUGUCAUCAACAUCAAACUCCAAACUAAACCCAUCUCCCAUUAGCCUUUCCUCAAAUGAGGGAAGUGUAAGGAAAAGAUCAUCAACGAGUUUGGAAUCGGAUUUGGAACCAGAAUUGAGAUCGUAUUCAUAUAGAAUAUGGCGGUCUAAUGUUGUAGUGAAGAACCCAAGGAAUGUGUUUGCGGAAGGGAAAUGGGAAUCCUUAUCAGUUGGAACAUUAAGCGCAGUUGUGAUUGUUCAUGUGUUAGCUCUUUUUGCACCAUUUACAUAUAAUUGGGGUGCAUUUUGGGUGGCUAUAGUUCUAUCUUUGGUAACCGCGUUAUUUGGUAUAUGUCUUUCGUAUCACCGGAAUUUGACUCACAAAAGUUUCAAGUUACCCAAAUGGCUUGAGUAUUUCUUUGCUUAUUGUGGGGCCUUAGCACUCCAGGGGAGUCCAAUUGAUUGGGUGAGCACACACAGAUUCCACCAUCAAUUUUGUGAUACGGAGCAAGACCCACAUAGUCCUCUUGAUGGAUUUUGGUUCAGCCACAUGAAUUGGUUGUUUGAUGCUAACGUUAUUAUCGAAAGGUGUGGCGAGCCAAACAAUGUAGGAGACCUAGAGAAGCAAGCAUUCUACAGAUUCAUGAAAAGAACAUACAUUUUGCACCCAAUAAUUCUUGGAGGAAUACUCUAUGCUUUUGGAGGAUUUCCCUACGUUGUUUGGGGAAUGGGAGUGAGGACUACGUGGGUAUAUCACAUCACAUGGUUCGUGAACUCUGCUAGUCAUAUAUGGGGAGAACAAGCUUGGGAUACUGGUGAUCUAUCAAAAAAUAAUUGGUGGGUGGCAUUGCUUACAUUCGGAGAAGGUUGGCACAACAAUCAUCAUGCAUUUAAAUACUCCGCAAGACAUGGUUUUGAAUGGUGGCAAAUUGAUAUGACUUGGUAUGUCAUAAGGCUUCUUGAAGUUGUUGGUUUGGCCAAUGAUAUUAAGCUUCCUAGUGAGGCUCAUAAACAACGCUUGGCAUUUAAAAGUGAGGGAAUAACAUCUUGAGCCUUAAAGGAACCAUGCAUAAACUAUGAUGGGAUCGAUGCAAUUUCUAAGGUUUACUAUCUCUGUUCGGUUUAAAUUUAUCUGUCAUAUUAUAACAGUUUCAAUAUCUCUACGGUAAAAUAUGACAAUUAAUUUCGAAUAGAUGGUGGAUAAUGUAGAUCUUAUAGUUCAUGCUACAGUUCUUUAUAAUUAAUAUAUAUAGUACUUAGUAUAUCUUAUGUGAUUCAUAAACUCAAGUACAUUAGUACAUAGCAAAUUUCCACUAUUCUUUUACCUAGUUCAAUUGUUUAAUUAAAUAAAUUUAUAAUAUUCGUAUCAUACCAUUAAAAUGAUUUCAAGCAAAUUAAGGGUCAAAUGUUCAUUACAGAUCAAUUUUAUCGGGUCUAUAUCCAAAGAGACAAGCGUCUAGCUAGCUUAGUACUCUGUAUUGUUUACAUAAUGUUACAAUACAUAUUUUCAAACGAAUUAAUAAAAGCAUGUCACAUAUAAUGCGGGGAUAAUAAUCAAGGUCCGAGUAUAUAUAAUGUAUGGUUCAAAAUUUGAAGGAAGCUUGUGAUUUUUGAGGUAAUAAAGUAGCCACAAAUUAAAAGCAUGGUAACUUGUACUUUACUCGGUUAAAAUUAUCCAAUGUAUAAUAAUGUUUGACAAAAAAAUCAACCUUUUUAACGCGCAUAUAGCCGCAUACCUUGAAUGUUUGAUCCCCAUAAAUUACUUGAAGGUCAGAAAAAAAAAAAAAAAAAAAAAAAAAAAAAAAAAAAAAAAAAAAGAUUAUCUGAAAACAACUACGUUGUCAAAGAAGUGAAAAUAACGUUAACACUUUGUAUAUUAUUAAGGGAUUGGAAAAUUAUAAAUGAUGUUUAUGAUAUAUGAUUGGGAGACCUAAACAAAUGGUAUACCUAGAAGGGACAGGCUUCAUAUAAACUUCUUCAUGCAGGUCACCGUGCAAAAAUGCAUUGUUAACAUCGUGUUAAUUGGGGAACGAACUUUCCAAUUCUUUGCCGUGUACAUUUCUGCCAUUAAUCACCCGAGUAUUUCAAGUUUUAGCUCAAAUUUACUGCCUAGUUUAAACUAUUGAAACAACUUAAAUUAGUUCGUUACUCUGGCAAGGGAUUUUAGACACUCAUAUUAAAGUG